GACGUCUUUUGCAAAAUAGAAAAUGUCCUAACGAGAAAGAGAGAGAGAGAAAGAUAGAAAGAUAGAGAAAAAAAGAGGUGAUCACACAAAGUUAUGAGAAGCUUCAAUUCACUGGUGGUAUAUGUCUUUUGGAAUGCAGAAAGUUUAUGAAAUAAUAGCACAGACAAAAUGACGUCACGAAGUUAUACGAAAUCAUAUGGUCGUAAAGUUAAUACUGUCUCACCAGGUAGUAUACAAUUUGACAAACUCUUUCGAGAAAACAGUAAUCGACCCUCGGCUGCCAAAUCAGCGGGCAUCGUCGGAAAAUGGGGCAUAACUUCCUUCACGUCAAUUCGCAGCACAAAUAUUAAUGGACGGCGAGACGAUAUUCAUCCAACUUACGGGAACAAGAGAGCAAAGCUUGAUUAUGGUAAUCAGAAUGCUCGCGUGAAUUCGGGCAAGGAUCCAUUUUCCUUUGAAACGGAGAAAACUGAGGCGCCAGCAGUGGUGAAACCAAAAAAAUUUUUCAAAAGCCGAAAUGCCGCGCCAACAGCAGUUGAAGAAUCACGUCCCGAACCGAUAACCUAUCGACAAGUACCUGAAACACAUUAUGGACGAGGUCGUCCAUCAAAGCAAACUCAUCAGUCUGCCGCCAAGCAGAUUCUGUCAAAAUCGUCGUCCGUUGCUCAAUCGAAGAAACUCCAUGAAACUCUAUCGAAUGUCCAUCAAGUACCUAAGGAUGAGGGCAAACCUCCGAUAGUUUUGCGAAUAUGCAAAGGAACGGCGCGUCUAAUUUGCGGUGACGCCGACUCGGAAGCUGAGACCUAUAGAAUUUCCUCAUCGCCCCACGAGAGUCCAACGAAAGUCGAAGUGGAGCAAAAAUCACCGCCAACAGCGGCAUCAGUGAAAACUCCCACUGACACGAGGACAACACGUUCGACAACGGCUCAACCUGUCGUCACGACUGUCUCUAUUCCCCUUGACGAUUCCGACACACGGAGAACGACGCGCAGUCGGGCAAAAAAUCUCCGCGACAUUAUAUCGCCGACGACUGUCGCUCCACCGCCACCUCCACUACCACAACCACAACCUACCACCAAUUCUCAUGGCUCUGGACUGUCACUGACACUGCGGAAAUCGGUGACCGAUUCAAACAACACGGUAAUUGCGCAUUACGAUAUUGUUAAGACUGACACGAAUUUCACCGGGAAAACGCAAGUCGAGCCACUAAUUGGCCGCGAUCAACCGCUACCGACCACCACCCAGGAACUCAUUGACAUUCUCUCGAGUGAUCCCGAUUCAGGACAGAGGAACAAUCCUCCACCGCAACCAAUGGAGACAAACUACGAGGAGCAGGAGGAGAUUUUCGAGGAGAUUCUACAGUAUUCAGAGGAGCCUGCGACGAAGCAAGUUGACAAUGAGGAGGAAGAGGAGGAGGAGGAGGACGAGCCGGAGAACGAGCCCGAUAAAGAAAUUGGAGAAAAGGAAUUGACACCAUUAAGGGAUGAUGUGCCAACGGCUAAGACAAUGGUCGAUCAGGAUUGGUUCUCGGGCAGUGAGGACAGCGAAAGUGCAACGGGCAAUGUUGAGAAUGAAAUUCCCGUUCCGCGCGAUGAACAGAUUAGAGUUGAACCAUCAUCGCCGCCGAGGAACGAUGUCUCGAUCAGUAAACCGACAACGAAGAAAGGCAGUAUUUUCAAAAGUAGGUCGGCUGGCACGACAAAUGGUAAUAAGAGGCGAGCUCUGUAUAAACACAAAUGGUCGGACAAUGACAAGGAGUCGCCGGCAACUGAUACUGGAAGUACUGGCAAUGAAAUUCCCAAUGCCGCGUCGAGUUCACACGUGGAUGCGGGGGCUGUCGAUGCUUUCGAGGAAUUUGGAUCUGAUGAGCUCACGAGAGUCGUUACCUAUCCGGAACCUGGAGAGGACCUCGCCGAUGAUGAUCUAUUGGCCGUCACGAGCAUUCGGUGUGACAAGAAAGUCAAGGGUUUUUACACGGUGGUGAAGAAUGUGAAAAAAGCUCAUCAGAUUCAAGAAAGUGGCGAGUUCCAAGAGUUCAACGAUGAUGUCGAAUAUAUUUUGGAUACUUUAAGAGAAAACAAUCCAAAUGCCACUCGCUGUCUCUCGGCCAUACGAUUAGCAAGUAAAUGCAUGGCUCCAGCUUUUCGAAUGCACGUUCGAGCCCAUGGUACCGUUGCCAAAUUUUUCAAAGCUCUUCACGAUGCAACGAAAGACCAGAGUCUUGGAUUAUGUACAGCAACAGUUAUGUUUGUUUUAAGUCAAGAUCGUCUGGCAAUGGAUCUUGAUCGUGAUUGUUUAGAGCUGAUGCUUAGUUUAUUAGAAUCCGACGCAAGUCACAAAGAUGCUCUCGAUGAUUGUGGCCUGAGUCGGGCUGAAUUGUUAAAAAAUAAAGAGAAAGUCCGACAACUCUGCGCCGACAUUCAAGCUCAAGGACACGCGAAACACCUGAAUCUUGAUAACAUCACCGUUGGACAAUUAGCAAUGGAGACGCUAUUGAGUUUAACGUCAAGACGAGCAGGCGAGUGGUUCAAGGAGGAAUUAAGGGAAUUGGGUGGAUUGGAGCAUAUCGUAAAGACAAUCAGGGAUUGCCAUCGACAUAUAAACGUCAGUGAGAUUGCACGUGGAUGGUGUGAUCCUAUACUCGACAAAUUACGAAAAGUCGAUCGAUGUUUGCGCGUUUUAGAAAAUGUAACGCAUAUGAAUGAAGAGAAUCAAGUGUACUUGUUAAAAUAUGAUAAUGGUGUCUUGGUGAGCACUCUUGCUAGUCUUUAUCAACUGUGCGCGAAGGAAAUUCCUAUGUAUCCAAUCAUAGAUCCGAGUGAUAAAAGUUCUACUGGUGCUGUAGUUAGGGAAUGUCUCUUUGCUAUUAUCAAAGUUCUGAUCAAUUUGACACAUCGAUUUAAUAGACAAUCAUUUGGCAGUAAAACAGUUGGUUCACAAACUGGUGUGUUAGACUGCAGUCUCUAUCUUUUGUUACGUGUACCGGAUUCAAUUCCAGAGGAAAAGAGAUUCGACAUGAUGAUGUUAGCGUUAAUUCUCUUGAUUAAUUUGGUGGAGCAAUGUGACGACAACAAGAAAAUGCUUAUCGAAGCCAAGGCUCCGGCGGCUGAUCACAUCUUUGACGAUAACGAAAGUGGAGUAGAAGCACUCAUUGAUCUUUUCUACAAACAAGAAGAACUCGCACGCGCUGAGGAGCAGAAAACUGAUGCUAUUUUAGAUGGAAAGAAAGAUGCAGAACAAACGGAAACUGUGUCGACUACAACAAAAUCGCAGGAGGAAUUUAUUGAAGAAACAGUUACAAAAUUGUUACAGAAAGCAGGUAGACAUAUGGAGCACACUUUGAUAGGUGCAUAUGUUGUACUUUUAUUAGGAUACUUAGUUAUGGAUAAUAAGGAUUAUGAAACUCUGGUUAGAAGUUUACUACCGGAUAACACAUUUAGCACUAUGAUUGCUGUUCUUCAAAAGUUCUUUAAUUUCAUGAAUUUGACGGCAUCGAACGAGGUGAGCAGUUGUGGAAUCGCCGCCACCGAGAAAGUAAUUAAGUUCCUAAAGAUGUCGGACGCGAGGACCGAGGAGGAGAAGAACGAAUUGCCCCUACCGGCAUUGGAAGAAUCGAAUGUGAUGCUUGACAUGAGCUUAUCUUGAUCAAGGUGUCACGACGAGUACGUUUGAGAACGAAUCGUUGUUUUGAAUUCACGCGAAGACAGCCAAAGCAAUAUGUGUGUCCAAAUGUGGUAAUUCUUUUAUUUUUCUUUUUUUUUUGAAUUUUUUCUCCUUUUAUUUUAUUAAUUUGAAGGACCUCUUUUACUUUGAUUCGCAAAGAAUUUUUUUAUAUAUAUAUAUAUUUAUUAAUGGAAUAAUUUAUUGCUGUUUGAUAUUUGACAAGAAAAAAAAUCGAUAGGUCGAGUUUUAUUAUUAUUUUUUAAUUAAUCUUAUCAAUCAGCAGCAGGACUUAAAUAUUACGGAUAAGUCGUUACUUAAGUAUGAAAAAGAAAACAAACAAAAAAAAAUGAAAAUAUUUAGGGCGAUGUAUGUGAAAAAAACAGGACCAGCUCUUGUAAGUACGAAAGGCAGAGCACUUAUUGAAAAGAUCUUUUAUUAGUGUUAAACAGAUAUAUAAAUAUAUAUCUCGCGGUGUCAAUCAACUCUUAUUAUCCGUUUUUUUUACAUUUAUGGAUAAUUUUUUUAAAAUAGUUUUUUCUUGCCACAACGAUAAAUUAUUUUUUUUUUUUUUUGAAAAUUCUUAUUUCUUUUUUAAUAAGCAUAGGCACGGAAUAAUUUAGUUGUUCUUUAUUCAUCUACCCAUGUGUAUAACUCUGCUCUUAGAGAAGUAUUUGUUGAUUGACUAUGCAAGGGGUCAAGUGUGGGCCAUUGAAUAUCCAAUUAUAGUGUUAUGCUGCGUAAGUUUAUUUUAAUAUUAAACUAAAGUUAAUACUAUAAGCCUUGUAAAUGUAAAUUUAUAAAUUAUAAUUGUAUCUUACAUUUGA